UAAAAUCCAAAUGUCUCUUACAUUUGGAUUUUAGUAAUAGCUAAGAUCAUGUCGCCUGAUCGUGUCAUUCAUCGUAUAGUUAUAACAUGGUCUGUUCUAUUAACCAUCUUUGCUAGAGUCCAAGGUUUAAAAUGUCGAACAGUAGACCACUCGAGACGUCAUAGCGAAUUUAUUGAUUUAGCUGAACAGUGCAACAACUCAACAGGGAGUAACCAUCGUCUAUCUGAUAGAGACAGCUUUCCAUUGUCAGAACAAGGUCUAAUGAAUAAUUCAGGUCAAAGAAUAGACCGGGGAGGCGAUGGGAAUAGAAGAGAUACAACAAGUCGAAUGGAUGACCGAAGAGGAUCUGACAGACGGAAUAACAACCGCGAGUAUAGUGUGCGCCGACAAGAAUAUAGUGACAGAGAUCAAGAUCCAACAUCCUAUUCAUGUGGUGAUAACAGUUAUGGUCAAUUUCCGCAACAAAGACCAAACUACAACCAAGAUGUUGGUCAAAACUAUUACCACCGUGGAAAUCCGUAUCAAGCUAACUCUGAUUAUGAUAUAAGUCAAUCUUAUUCGAGAACUCCUACAAUGCCUCCAUUACAGAUGAAAAGAUAUAGAAGACAUAUGAUUCGGAGAGCAGCGAGUUCUAAGCUCUUGGGUAAUAAUCGUUUCAGAAACGCUACAAAAAACGGUAUAAAUCAAACCAAAGGAUCUAUUAUCGAUAAAAUGGAUGCCUGCACCAUACAUUGUGUAUUCAAACAGUUAGAAAUGUUAAAUUCUAAUGCUCGACCCGAUAAAUCAUCAAUAGUUAGCAUAAUGACUAGUCAAAUAAAAGAUGUAGAAUUAAAAGAAUUUGUACAAGAAGCAAUAGACGAAUGUUUUGACACUUUAGAACUAGAUUCUCAUAGCAAUAAAUGUGAAUUUUCGAAAAACUUUGCCACUUGCAUGGAGAAUAAAGCACAACGAAAUUGUGAUGAUUGGGAUUUGCCAAUGAACAAUCGAGGAACAAAUCUUUAAGAAUAUUUUGUUUAAUAAAAUAAAAAAUGGGUAUACAAAAAUUGUAAAAAAAUAAUUUAUUAACUUAUUAUACAUAUUUAUUUUUACUGAGUAAAUAUAAUAAAUAAGUGUAUAAUUAUCAUUAUUAUCAUUACUGUGACUUUAAAAAAUGAAUUUUAUAAUUUAAAUAUUAAUCUAAUAUUGAAAAUGUAGUAAAUAAUUUAAUACCGGAUU